GUCUUUGCAUAUUCUGAAGAUUAAGAUCCGAUAACAUCAAUUGCGAAAUGGCUAGCCGACAUUCUGACGAAGACCAUCCUAUCUGUCUGCUAUCUCUUGAUGGCGGGGGUGUCCGUGGCCUGUCAACCCUCCUAAUCCUAAAAAAAAUCAUAAAUGGCUUGAAUAAAAAUCGUCGAGUUAACGGACUUGAAGAGGUUAGACUAUAUCAAGUAUUUGAUCUUGUAGGGGGGACUGCAGCAGGCGGGCUCAUUGCUAUCAUGCUGGGCCGCCUUAAGAUGGAUAUUGAUGAUUGUAUUGAAGCGUUCAAUUGUCUAAUGGAGAAUAUUUUUACGAAGGCACCACAUUGGACCCCUUUCAGCUGGGUUUUACGCUUUCUUCCUAAAUGGGUUAUGUCUCAAUACGAUUCGGAAAAGCUGGCAAACGAAUUCACGUGUUUUCUUGAUAACAAAAGCAUUCCGAAAGAUGCCCCGCUUAAUGAACCUGAACCUGAAUGCAACGUAUUUGUUCGUGUGCUUUCUGAGGGCCCUGAUACGAUUGAAUGCCUUAGAAGCUAUACAUCAGGAGAAUCAGCUUUUGAUUCCGUUACAAUUCUGGACGCGACUCUCGCAACUUCUGUAGCCACUGGCUACUUCCAUCCUAUUACUAUUAGCGGACGUCAAUUUAUUGACGGUGGAAUUGGCGCAAAUAACCCAAUAGAGAAGGUGGAGUCAGAGGCAAAACAUAUAUAUCACCUUGGUGGGAAUGAGCUGAGAAAUAGAGUGACGUGUUUUAUCUCUAUCGGGACAGGAAAAGCUCACAUGAGGGCAAUGGAGGGUGGAUCCCUUACACGCCCCGACGGGAUGCAAGCUGCAGCUGAGGACACAGCGAGGAAAUUUACGUCUCAUUGGGCGGUUGACGAAGAUGUGAACCGUAGAGUCGCGAACAGUUACUUUCGCCUUAAUGUGGACUCAGGGCUGCAGGACAUUGGAUUGCAUGAGUACACGAAAAUCAAUCUCAUCGAACAUGCUACAACCGUAUAUCUCGAGCAGGUCGAGGUUCGGGUGGCAAUGGAUGAGAUAGUUUCGAAACUGGGCGAGCGUCUGAGGAGUCGUGAGUUGAUUCGAAUGGCGUCUCAGGGGAUCGUCAAUGAAGAGUGAACGACAUGUUGGAAUGAAACGGUUUGCUGUGGUCUCAAAUAACACUCGUUUGAU